AUGGUUGGGCUGUUUGGUGGGGUAUUUUCUUUCCUGCAGUCUAUUCUUAUUGUUUUAUACGGGCUGCUUAUUUUAGCAGGGAAGGCUUGCAGCGCACUAAAGAAUUUAGCAGCACUAGAAUACCAUAUGGGAAAAGAAGGAAGAAAAAUAGUUAUAUUUGCUGUAUCGCAGAUGCUUUCCAGUUUCAAAGAAUUACUGCCGCUUUCUGCUGAAAGAGCGUAUGUGGAAAGCAGAGUGUACUCAGUCCAUGCAAAGCUUAAAAGUGCACUGGACAAAAAAGAGCACAAAAACGUAGCUACAUUACUUGUAGAGAAGGAGACAGAGGCACAAAUAGCAAAUGCUCGUGUUAAAUACGCUAAGAAGUACUUGAUGUAUAUUCUUAAAUCUGCUGUUAUUAUUGUUCUGCUGUCUAAGAUGACCUAUCUCAUUUUUAUUUUUACUAUUAUCUUUCUUAUGCUGGAAAUAUGUAUUAAGCGACAGAUCCAAAAAACAGAAGAAAAGAGAGAAAGAAUUUUUAGUUUGUACUGCGUAGAACAGGACAGAAUAUACAGAUCACUUGAUAGAAUGUAUGCAUGUGUAGAAAGAGCGGACAAUGACAGAAAACAGACUCUAAUAAGUGUAAACACUGUAUAUUCUCAGAUGUAUAAAGAGUAUAGCUUGAACUAUUUCUGCGUGAGUAUAGAGAUAUCUAUGUGGAUAAUUAUUGGAUCUUGCUUAUUCCAGAUUUAUUCUCUUGUAUGCCUUCUUGUUCUAAGUAAGACCCAAAAGAAUUUGGCAUUUUUUGUUAUAAUAUAUAAGAAAAUAGAAAAACUAAGUGGCUGUCUUAUAAAGCUGGUAUAA